AUGUUCGCAUCUCGAUUCUUCGUUUCACUUCUCGCUCUGGGAUCCUUCACUAUAUCAGCAACUCCCAUUCCAGAGAAUGUCGAGAAACGUGCCGACGUGUCUGAUGUUCUGUCAAUUGUCAGCGAUUUGAAAAGCUCAACCAGCACAAUUACUACGCAAAUCAAUUCGCUUGUAUCCGGGGGCACUGCGUCGGAAUUAAAUGUUUCUCCUCUUAUAACUGACCUCGUUGCGUCCCUUAACACUGCAACAUCUUCUUUGGCUAGCAUUGAGUCGGUUGAUUCGUCGUCCGGUGGUUCGGCUUCAGAUGUAGCUAAUGCAAUUGCGCCAAUUGUCUCGGACAUUACUACAACUUUGGAUAGCGUUAGCACUGCUGUUCCCGGUAUCACGACUCUUCUAGGAGGACUUGGACUAGAUGCUGCAUUGAACCAACUUCUUGGCGGACUGGAGAGACUUUUGGCCGGUGUUCUCAAUUUGGUUGCAAAUCUGCUUGUCAAUGUUGCAAAUUUACUGAGGAGGCUGGCCUUUGCGCUCACGCUUUCCACGCUGGGAUUGUAG